AUGCUAUUUGAAAGGUACAUAUGCGGAGAAAGCUCAAAUGAAGAUCCUUUUGUUGAACAGAUGGAGGUCGACGAGUCUCUGGUGGUUGAAGAUCCGGAAUUCUGGAGAGUUCACCAGUUUGGAGUCUUCUUGGCUCAACAAAGUGUAUUCGAUAACGUUCAAAUGCGAUUUUUCGAUUCUCUGUUUGAGAUAAACGUUUUCUUGCUCCAACACUUUUUCUUUAUUGUAGACCCCAUUGAGUUUCUUGAAAACGCUAAAGCUUUUGGAGUUGGCCAGGAUGAGGAAGUUGAUGUGCAUCAAUUGCUGGUAGUUGCUUUUCAACGGUUGUUGGGUUUCUGGCGAGAUCAGUUUGAGGUAUGCGGAUUUCAUGUUGUCGAUGUUGAGGAAGACGUCAUGUUUGAAGAUUUCGGCGUAGGUGGUAUCGAGCAGGUUGAGCAAGUUUGUCAACGACACUUUAAGUUCUGUUAG